CCCAUCUCUCAUCCAGUUCCGUAUAAUCUGUGACGACCCUGUGUAAAAUGUCUGUGGUUUGCUUGAUUAUUGAGCUGAGGAGCCGAGUUUUUGCUUCGUUUUGUUUGUUUCUAUAGACAGCGCUCGUGAUACUAAGGAACAGGUUUGGAUGAUGUCUACAACAAAUUCAGACAAAAUGGGACAGAAUAUAACAUCACAAGGAGGAAGUGGUAAUGAUCGAGAAAUGUCGUCAAUUGUACAGGCAGACAGAGAGCCACAAUAUGGCGUUUUGGAGAAUCAAGAAAGUCCGACUGAAGAUUCAAUUAAUACGUUAAGUAUUGAUGAAGCCACAAAGGAACACAAGACUGAAGAAGAUCCCGACUUUGAACAUCGUGUUCCAAUACCUGAAGAUGAUAAUUAUUCAUUUAGUUUCCGCAAGCUAUGGGCCUUCACGGGACCAGGCUUCCUGAUGAGUAUUGCGUAUCUAGAUCCUGGUAAUAUUGAAUCAGAUCUUCAGUCCGGUUUCCAGGCUCAUUUUGAGUUGCUGUGGAUCCUGAUGAUGGCAACUAUAAUAGGUCUAGUCCUUCAGAGGUUAUCUGCUCGUCUUGGUGUCGUUACAGGAAUGCAUCUUGCUGAAGUCUGUUUCCGAGAAUAUCCCAAAGUUCCUCGUAUCUUACUGUGGUUAAUGGUAGAGAUCGCUAUUAUUGGUUCUGAUAUGCAAGAAGUCAUUGGUACAGCUAUUGCUUUCAAUCUCCUCUCAAAUGGAAAGAUUCCUUUGUAUGGAGGCGUACUCAUUACAAUUGCAGACACAUUUGUUUUCUUAUUCCUAGACAAAUAUGGACUACGGAAGUUGGAGGCAUUCUUUGCCUUUCUGAUAACAGUCAUGGCAAUUACAUUUGGAUAUGAGUACAUUACUGUAGGUCCUGAUCAAGGUGCUGUUUUAGCUGGAUUAUUUCUACCAACAUGUCGUGGAUGUGACAAAUCAGCGGGUAUACAAGCUGUAGCCAUUAUUGGUGCUGUUAUUAUGCCUCAUAAUAUAUACCUUCACUCAGCUCUAGUAAAGUCUCGUGAUGUAAAUCGUGAAAAGAAAGAGGCCGUUAAAGAAGCCAAUAUGUAUUUCUUUAUUGAGGCAUGCAUUGCUCUUCUGGUUGCAUUCAUCAUCAAUCUAUUUGUGGUGGCAGUGUUCGCUCAAGGACUUUACAAGCACACCAAUGCUGAAAUACAUGAUAUGUGUGUUGAGAAAGGCAGUAUGUAUGUAGAUAUUUUCCCAAAUAACACUGAUCUGAUUGAGCAAAUGGACAUCUUCAAAGGGGGUGUAUAUCUUGGCUGUGAGUUUGGUGCUGCUGCAUUGUAUAUAUGGGCCAUAGGAAUCCUUGCAUCGGGUCAAAGUUCAACCAUGACUGGAACAUAUGCUGGACAGUUUGUCAUGGAAGGGUUCCUGAAUCUAAAGUGGCCACGUUGGAAACGAGUUAUGCUGACUCGAUCCAUCGCCAUCUCACCAACAAUAUUCAUUGCUGCCUUCAAAGGAGUUCAAGAUCUAACUGGAAUGAAUGACUUACUCAAUGUAGUCAUGAGUCUGCAGUUGCCGUUUGCCUUGAUACCGAUUUUGACGUUCACCAGCACGAGCAAAUUAAUGAAAGACUUCACUAAUGGAAUUUUUCUUAAGAUAGCUUGUUUCUGUUUGGCUAUUGGUGUGAUUGGAAUCAACAUGUUCUUUGUUGCGAUUUACAUCCCAAGUUUGCCUCAACACUGGGCCAUGUACAUUCUAGUGGUAGUUCUUCUGUGUGCUUAUCUUGUCUUCAUUUGUUACUUGAUAUGGUUUUGUCUGAUCACACUUGGGUUUACAUUUCUGCAACGUAUACCAAUUCCAUGUUGCAGCAUCACAGCACAGACCUAUAACCUGAACGGACUCUCAGAUGAAGAAGAUGGAGAGCAGAGCAGCCAAGGACCGAAUGAAACGACAGAUUAAUAAAUGCAUCAGCAUCAACCCUAAGAAACCAAAUUGGACAACACCAAAGUAUUUUAAUAUACAAAGCAAUGUAUAUAAUAAGUGAUUCUUGUCAUACUAAACAAUAUAAGGUAAAGGGUCUUUCAUGGUAAUGGUAGUAGUGUUGUUAGAAUGUUUUGGUGGUAACUUGGCUAUGCAUUUUAUAUGUACACAUAUUUUAAGCUGUUUUUUUUGUUUGUGGUGCUUUUAUCUUUCAAUAUAAACAUAUCAUUUAUAUGCAAUCAAUGCAUUGUUUAAGAACAAACUGCCUUAAUGACACUGGACACUAUUGGUUUUGUCUAAGACCAGUCUUCCCACCUGGUGUGCCUCAUCAUAUGCAAAGAGGAACAGGUGUAAUUUCACAAUUAAAAAUUGUAGGCAGUCGCUUUGUUUGUUUUGAAAGUUGUAUCUUCCAAUCAAAAUGAC